AUGUCUUCCAACACCAACGGCGGCGACGCGAGAAACGGCGGCGACGCAGACGUGCUUGCCAAGAUUCACCUUGCGCUCGAAGUCGUUCACAGCCCUCACUCGACCAACGAUGCGCGUAGGGAAGCCCAAUCUUUCCUCGAAGAAGUCAAGGACAUCCCCGAAGCUCCCUUCCAAGGCUACAACCUAGCUUCCGACAAGGCCCAGCCAUCCGUCGUCCGCCAUUAUGCCCUGUCGCUUCUCGAGCAUGCCAUACGGUACCGAUGGGCCACUUACUCCGAUGAACAAUCCCGAACCCUUCGAAACUGGGUGCUGGAGCUGAGCCAAGCCGUUUCCAAGGGCGACCCUUCAUAUCUGAGAAACAAGACUGCCCAGCUCUGGGUGGAGGUGGCCAAGAGAAGCUGGGGCUCCGACUGGACGGACAUGGAUGCCAUGCUCGUUGAGCUAUGGCAGAUCCCCAACUCGCCCGCUCACAAGGAGCUUGUCAUGUUUGUCCUCGAGGCUCUAUCGGACGAGGUUUUUGCCGGAGAUGAUUCGGUUGUUGCCAUGAGGGAAGGUGUCCUUAGCAAAGCAUGCGUCGAGAUCUUCACUCCUACCGCGGUCCUAAUCGAGGCGUUUCCCAAUCGUCAACCUGGUCCAGAUGUUCGAUGCGGUCACGAGGGCUGGCUCAGUCGACUUUCAGAGUUCCUAGGCCUGUGUAUCAGCGCCGAUGCCAAUGACGAAGUUAAGACAUGCAUUGUUAAAGGAUUCUCCGUUUUCCUGUCCCUUAUGCCGUGGGCUAUUCCAAAGGCUAUAUCCUCUGCUCGCUGCGUGGCUAUUCUGUCUGCCGGCCUAGCGUCGCCCUCGACCGAAAUCCAAAAGGUCGCCCUAGAUGCCCUAUACGCCCUGUAUUGCCGGUCCAACUUUACAGAUGAAGAGUUCAGAGACCUCGUGGCCCCCAUGUACAGCAGCGCGUCCAUUCGGCUCUUCAAGGAACUCAUUGAUCGAUCAGCGGUCGACGCUGACGACGUAGACGAAGACAAGUACCAGAUCUUGAAGAAGCUCUCUGAGAUGCUGUCAAGCUUAGGUGAUUAUUUUGAGAGGAAACAUUCACAAGUCCCUCAUGAUGCAAGCCCUGAAGGCUUCCUGCAGCUUUUGCUCCAAGUAGUACAAAACCAAAGCCUCAUGGUGUCAAUCCCGGUCUUAGUAACGUGGACGAGGCUCCUUGCGAACAAGGUGAUUGGCCCAAGUGAUCUUGUUACAUCCAUGAUAGGGCCUCUCCUCGAGGUCUGCAGCUCCAGAUUGGUCCGAUAUGAAAAUCUGCCUCAAGACACCUCUGACCCAACCUUCCUAUUCCUGAUGGAGGACACCGAUACCAUCCCCGAGCGCCAUGCCUUCCUGGGCAACUACCGCCGCUAUAGCUCACAAAUCGUUGAAAUGAUUGUACAACUCAAACUAGUCGAUGCUGUAUCGCAUAUCCUGGGGCGCACAGAACAGGUUCUGCUGCAUCUUUAUGAUGGACAGCCUCCAUUUAAUAAGCAAAACUAUUUCAAGCAUUCGAUGCCUGUUUUGCAGGUAGACGCUCACUUCACUCUGAUUGAAGCAUCUUUGAAGGGAUACGCAAAGUGGAAGAGAUCACACCAGCACGACAAUCAACAACAGAUAGCGGAGCUUGAGUCCAGCCUUGAAGGCUGGUGCACGAGACUUUUGGCGAUGAACUUUGAAGACCCUUUGAUACGAAGGCGAACUCUUCAGCUGCUCGUCUAUUUCUCAACAAAUGCCCUGAACAAGAACGCAAACUUUAUGCUGAAAGUGCUUGAGCACAUCAUUCUCACGUGGCCUGUUUUAGAACCGGAGUAUCGCGCAUACAAUGACGCCAUUAAAGAUUUUCAAGUUGAGAGCAUGGUCGAGCUGCACCGCCUUGCGAUUGGCAUGCCCGAUCACCUCCUGGGGGUUUAUGACCAAAUCGAAGCCCGUGUAAAUGAGAUGAUGUCUACUGGAAAGUUGGACGAUAGAAGAACUCUUGCUUACCGAAGCUUUUUAUUCUUGAUCAUACAUCGAGCUAAGAAUCUUGACGCCCAGGCCAAGAUUCAGAAACUACGAGAGUUUGUUGAACCGGUCAAGGCGCAAUGGCAAGAGGAGAAUAUCAAAUCUGCCGUGAAAUCGUACUCUGGCUUCUGCGAACUUCUUGCGCUAGAUAAGGCUCAGGCAUAUUUGGUCAGCCGCCAGGCACACAGCAUCCAAGACUGGGGCUCGUGUGAGCUUGACGCGGAGGGAUUAGCCCUCCAGAACGAGUUGGAAGAGCGCCUCAAGCAAUUGCCGCUCCGCCCGAUGAAAACCCUUCUCGCACUCUCCGUGGAUCGAGUCGAUAGGUCAUCCACCGCCUUCCAGGCUACCUCUGUAAUUUGGGAAGGAGGAUUCGCAAACAUCCUGGCAGAUUUGCUGCGUCUUUUGAGCUAUGCCCACGCCUCGCAUAACCCACAUAAUUGGACAGGGUUCCCAGAAAACAUGCGCCACAUGGUAGACAAAGUCCUCAGCGAUAGAUUUUGGCAGGCCGGUAUCUCUGAAGGAAGCAAAGAUGACUUCUACGCUCGUGUUCUCGAUAAGAAGGGCACGAUAGAAGGGCUUGCAUCCACGAUCCGUGGGUCAGUUCGGUUCGUCCGUGAAACAGCCUAUGGAGUCAUAUACUGCAUGAGCAAGCUACAUUCGCAGUUUUACGGAUUCAGCGAGCUCGCCGCUCCAUUGUCUGAGGCCUUCUUUACAGAUUCGAUAUGGUUGUCUACCCACCAGCAAAGCAACCUGCUGAGUCUGGUUCGGCAUCUGGUCGAUGACUGCCCAGUUGAUUGUCGCGAAAACUUUUUGCCCAGACUUUUAUCUUCGUGCUUCCAACAGAUGGAUGCCAAAAUCAACUCGGAAUGGGCAAAGCUGGAGCAGCAGCAGAGUGUGGUGGUAGAUGGGGAUGCCGAGCUCAAGGAGGAGAUGAAGUCUGAGAGUAUCCUCCGCCAAGUAACGUAUACUGCCGUGGUACUGGUGGCAGACUUUUUGGAUCCAACCAAGCCAAAUUCUCCCACUUUGAAGUCACAGGCCCAGCAUGCCGACGAGCACAACAAUUCUGGGGAAGCCUAUCCCUCUCUUCGAAAGUUUUGCCUGUCGCACCAGGAAAUUAUCGAACCGCUCUUGCUUUUCUGCAUGCAUGGAAUUCGAAUGCGAGAUAUACGAUGUUGCGGGAUGCUACUGCGACUAUUCAUCUCUCUGGUGCCGGAAUUCGCUGGUCAAGGAUCCAAGAGAAGCCAAACAACUUCCGAUGGAAACGGAGUCCCAGUGGAUGCAACCCCAAUCCCUUCAGAAAUCGCUACUGCUGUCCGAGAAUAUAUCUCUUCGGACGUAAUGAGAGCAUGCAUCACGUCCUUCCACGAGCCGUACUUUGUGGAUGUGCAGAAGGAGUUGGCAUCGCUCAUUGCCACAAUUGUGGUCUAUUAUAGCACCAUCACAUCGACGCCGACCGAUGUUCUCAUGGCACUGCCGAAUGUAAAUCCCGCGGAACUGGAGCGCUUAAAGGCCUACGUAGCCAAGCCGGGGUCUCACACACGGCAACAGAGAGCAAUCGUCUUGGAAUUCUUAAAGGAUCUCAAAGGAGUAAGCGUCUCAGAGAUGGGGAAGCUGAAUAAAGGCUUCGAUAAUUCAAGCCGCUCUAAGCGCACAACCCGGAGCAAAAUGGCACAGGGAUUCAUGACCAGCGCCCCGGCAACGUCUGAUGCUGCGGGCCGCAAAAGGGCGGACGCCGCUGGAGGCAGGGAUACACCUGAUGGCCUGGAGGGCAUUUCUAAUUUAUUCGAGAGCUGA